CACAUAUAUAUUCAUAUAUACUUUCUUAGCUCAUCGUCCAUGAGUAUGCUUAGCCACUAAUCAAGACUAGCAAAAUAAUUAGCCAUUUAAUCACAACCCACUUUUUUACUAUAUAUACAGAUCAAUCCACAUGCAAUCUUUCCAUGACCAACGUCCAUCUCUAGCUACACAUAAACCCUUUAGCUUUAGCUUUCACUCCCUUAAAAAUCUUCAAAUGAAGUCUUCCAUGCUAGUCUACCUCUUUUUCUUACUCUUUGCUUUAGCAACAGCUUAUCAAACUCAAUGCCCUCUCAUUAUGCUUCUCUUCUCAUUGUUUUUCACUCUCUUUGCUGUUUCUUUGAACUACUGGCUCGUUCCUGGUGGCUUUGCAUGGAGAGAUCAUCGCCACCAUCAUGGAAAGCUUGUAGGUCCAGUUGGAUGGCCUAUUCUUGGCUUCUUACCUCACAUGGGUUCACUUGCUCAUCGCAAAUUAGCCACCAUGGCUACCUCAUUAGGUGCAAAUAAACUUAUGGCAUUCAGUUUAGGCACAACUCGUGUAGUUAUCAGUAGCCAUCCUGAUACAGCUAAAGAAAUCCUUUCUGGGUCUUCUUUUUCUGAUCGUCCUAUAAAAGAAUCAGCUCGUUUAUUAAUGUUUGAACGUGCCAUUGGUUUUGCUCCUUCUGGUAAUUACUGGAGAAACCUACGCAGAAUAGCUGCAAAUUACAUGUUUUCUCCUAGGAGAAUCUCUGGUCUAGAGCCAUUAAGGCAACUUUUGGCUGAUGAAAUGGUGGUCACAAUAAGCAAAGAGAUGGAGGAAAGAGGAGUUGUAGUCUUGAGAAAAAUAUUACAAAAGGCUUCCUUAAGUAAUGUACUAGAGAGUGUGUUUGGGAGUAGUUAUGCUUGUUUAGAGAAGGAGGAGGAGUUAUUAACUUCAAUGGUUAAAGAAGGAUACGAGUUAAUCACUAAGUUAAAUUUAGAGGAUUAUUUUCCUUUAAGGUUUUUGGACUUUUAUGGUGUGAAAAGAAGAUGCUAUAAGUUGGCAUGUAAGGUUAAUAAUAUUGUAGGUCAAAUUGUGAGAGAGAGAAAAAUAAGUGCAAAGCAGAAUGGCUUUAGUGGUGGAAAUGACUUUCUCAGUGCUUUGUUAUAUUUGCCUGAACAGGAGGAGCUAAGUGAAGCAGAUAUGGUACCUGUUUUAUGGGAAAUGAUAUUCCGAGGAACAGACACAGUUGCCAUAAUUCUCGAGUGGAGCAUGGCUAGAAUAGUUAUGCACCAAGAUAUCCAAGCAAGAGCUCAGCAAGAGCUCGACAGGUGCAUUGGUCGCAACCGGCGCAUGCAAGAUUCCGACAUCCCUAAUCUUCCCUACCUACAAGCCAUUGUGAAAGAAGUACUAAGAUUGCACCCUCCUGGCCCGCUGCUCUCUUGGGCCCGCCUCGCCAUCCAAGAUGUCCAUGUCGACAAAAUCUUUAUCCCAGCUGGCACUACAGCAAUGGUCAACAUGUGGGCCAUAACUCAUGACCCGUCAAUAUGGAAGGACCCAUUAGAGUUCAACCCCGACCGGUUCUUGGAAGAGGAUGUGGCAAUAAUGGGCUCAGAUUUGAGGCUUGCACCAUUCGGGUCAGGGCGAAGGGUAUGUCCAGGUAAGGCACUAGGCUUAGCCACAGUGCACCUAUGGCUCGGGCGGCUUCUCCAACAAUACAAAUGGUUACCUACUGUGCAGCCUGUGGAUCUAUCUGAAUGCUUAAAGCUAUCUCUUGAAAUGAAAAAGCCGCUAGUCUGUCGCGCGGUUCAUCGAUAGAGCAAAAGCUAAAAAGCCAUUGAAACAAGCAGUUGUUAGAUAAAUAACUAGAAAGUUUACUUUUUGUUGCAGGGUCAAUCAAUUGUAAAGUAAUGAAAGCUUGUGUAAUAAGCAAUUAAAAGAAAAAUUAAAAUUGGCCAAAGCUAGGGCUGUGUCAAGUGUCAAUAUAAUGCGCAUUAUUGGCCAACGCUAAAGUGUGUAAGAGCUUGAAUAGUUGCUUUUUGAAGGUGGCCAAUCGCUUCCUUUAAAUUGUUAAAUAUAUAUAAUAUAUGCAUCCCUUUGUUUGCUUUC